CCUUUUUCGGUUCGUCACUCUCCUUCUUCACUGAUAAAAAAAAAACAGCUCGCAGAGAGAUAAAAACAAAAACCCCCCAAAAAUCACUGCCCGAAUUUCUGAGUCGUUUUUAUAAUAUUUGGGUUGUUUUUAAAAACUGUUUUCAUUUCGUUUUCUCCGUAGUAGUGAUCUCGAGGCGCGAUUGUUCUUAGGCUCUGUCUGGCUGUUGAUCGACCCAUCAAAGAAUUAAUUUUUAAUUACUUAUUUAAAAUACCCAUUUCAGAAAAAGGGAGAAGAGAGAGAGAGAGACAGGAAAGGAGAGAGAGAGCUAUGGCCGUGGUUGAGAAUGCAGGGGUGGAGCUUGGGAAGAGCGUGGGGUCGAACUCGGCGAAUCGGAACCCGGAGACUGCUACGACGCAGGACGGCGGUGUUGUUGCCGCAUCCAACGAUCAGGAUCAGUCCAAGCUUAACAGCGCCUCCGCUGCCCCUUUACGGCACCGCAUCGAUCAGAGCAUGUACGUGAUGGUCACGCCGCCCCCUAGUGGAAACGGCAACAUCAACGGCAACGGCCAGGUGGUGGCGGCUCAGUUGGGUUGCUUUGAUCACGUGGCGAAUCAUCAUCAUCAGCAGCAGAGAUCUAACGGCGGAGAUUUUCAGAUGAGUAAUGGGGAUCAUCGUCACGACGUGGACCGGGAUAUGAGGGAGCUGAGGGAGCUCUUCUCGAAGCUCAACCCCAUGGCGGAGGAGUUCGUGCCGCCUUCACUGGCUAACGGCCAUGGACUCAAUGCUGGGUUUGUUAACAUGGCACUGAUGAUGCAGAACAGGAACAGAAUUGGACAAGCUAAUGGCUUUCCUGGUCGACGGAGAAACAAUCAAGGGAAACGGAGAAUCAACAGCAGAACUAGUCUAGCGCAACGGGAAGAUAGAAUCCGAAGGACUGUGUACGUGUCUGACAUUGAUCAACAGGUCACUGAGGAACAGCUUGCAGCUCUCUUUGUUACUUGUGGGCAGGUUGUUGACUGCCGAAUUUGUGGUGAUCCUAAUUCUGUUCUCCGUUUUGCCUUUAUUGAGUUCACUGACGAAGAUGGUGCACGAGCUGCUUUGAGUCUGGCUGGGACAAUGCUUGGAUUCUACCCCGUUAGGGUGUUGCCCUCUAAGACAGCUAUUGCGCCUGUUAACCCCACAUUCUUGCCCCGGACUGAAGACGAACGUGAGAUGUGUGCAAGAACUAUCUAUUGUACAAAUAUUGACAAAAAGGUUACUCAAGCUGAUGUCAAACUCUUUUUUGAAUCUGUCUGUGGAGAGGUUUAUCGUUUGAGGUUACUAGGGGACUAUCACCACUCUACUCGCAUUGCCUUUGUUGAGUUUGUGAUGGCUGAAAGUGCAAUUGCUGCUCUCAACUGUAGUGGUGUGGUUUUGGGAUCAUUGCCAAUCAGGGUAAGUCCUUCAAAGACACCUGUUCGUCCACGCGCUCCUCGCCUUCCCAUACAUUGAGUAAUCUUCGGCAUCCCAGACUGAUUUAAGUAUCCAGCUGAAAUAUAUUUAAAUACACAUACAACUAUGUAAAGAUGUUCUCCGUGCCUCUCUGAUCGUUGCGUUUUGUCGCAUACUUGUCCUCGGCUUUCUUGGCCUUUGAUCUUUUGUUCUCUUUAGAGGUUUAUUAUGAUGUCCUGGACUAUAGAGUUGGACAAAAAAAAACCUUGAGGCUUAAAUGACGAUUCGAUGUAUUAUUCCUUUUGGUUUGGUCCGGUCCUUGGACUAAGCGUUGCAAAGUAGUUCUUGACGACACAUGAAGACCCCCCCUUUUAACAGCCCUUUGUAAGUUCAAUGAAAUGUGGUCCUUUUGUUAA